CGACAGUGCACGAUGCGUAUGUUUAUCAUCCCUUGCUGCCUGGCCCUGCUGGUGGCACUGGCCACUGCUGAGGGCGGCGCUGCAGCGGAACAGCAGACGGCGGCCGACGAGAGAAGCGCAGAAGCUGAGCCAAAGGAAUCUCAACGCCUGGAGAAGCGGGGCGCGUCGGUGGGCGACUGGAACCAGCUGUCGCACGGAUACGCCGAGCAGCACAGCUACCACAGCAAUGGCCCCCAGCUGCAGUACAACAUCCUGCAGCACCACCAGCACGUGAAGUACGAGCAGCCGAUCAAGACGAUCACGAUCGAGAAGAAGAUCCCGGUGCCGUACACGGUCGAGAAGCACAUUCCCUACACGGUCGAGAAGAAGGUACCGUACGAGGUGAAGGUGGCGAUCCCGAAGCCAUACCUGGUCGAGAAGAAGGUGCCGGUCCACUACAAGGAAUACGUCAAGUAUACGGUCCACGUCCCGGAACCGUACACCGUCUACAAGAAGAUCCCGUACGAGGUCAAGGUGCCGGUCGACAAACCGUACGAGGUGAAAGUGCACGUACCCAAGCCGUAUCUCGUGGAGAAGAAGAUUCCGUACGAGGUAAAGGUGCCCGUCCCGGUGCCAGUGACCGUCGAGAAGAAGGUCCCGUACGAAGUGAAGUACGAGGUGGCCGUCCCGAAGCCGUACGUCGUUUACCGAAAGGUACCGUAUGAGGUGAAGGUGCCAGUCGACAAGCCCUACAAGGUAGAGGUUCCCCGCCCGGUCAAGGUAGAGGUCCUCAAGCCGUAUCCGGUCGUUGUCGAGAAGAAGGUCCCUUACGAGGUGAAGGUCGCCGUUGACAAGCCCUACAAAGUGGAGGUGCCCAAGCCCUACAAGGUUGAGGUGAAAGUCCCUUACCCAGCACCGUACACGGUCGAGAAGAAGUUCCCGUACACAGUGGAGAAGGCUGUGCCAUACGAGGUGAAGGUACCGAUCGACCGUCCGGUGCCAGUCUACAAGGAGGUUAAGUUCGCCGUCCAAAAGGAAGUGCCCGUGCCGGUGAAGGAGAAGCUUUACGUGCCGGUGCCGGUCAGCGAGAAGAAGCCGGAAACCGAGUACCAUCACCAGGAACAGCAGCAGCACCAGCAGCAGGAACACUUCUACCACGAGCAACCUCAGGCUCUGGUCUACCAGCAGGAUGAGCCCACGUACCAUCAAGAAGCGCAGCCACAGCACCACCAGCAGCAACACCAGCUGCAUCAGCAACCUCAAGCUCUUGUCUACCAGCAGGAUGAGCCCACGUACCAUCAAGAAGCGCAGCCACAACACCACCAGCAGCAACACAAACUGCACCAGCAACAGGAGCAGCAGCACCAACAGCAGGAGCAGCAGUACCACCAGUAUCAGCAGCACCAGCAGCAGAUCUACCAUGCGCACCAGGACCAACAGUUCCAGCAGCAACAACACCAACAGCAGCAGGAACAACACCAUCACCAGCAGCACUAUGAGUCGCACUAG